GCCCCAAACACCGGCUCAAACAGUGACCAAGUAAGGAGAGCAGUUUAGUGUCACUAAGUCUAUAACAGGUUUAUUAACCAACACCCGCGGCUUAUUACAGUUAGAUAAGCUCUUCCCCACAGGUUGCUGCCCUCUGCGACCAUGCCCUCAGACCUUGCUAAGAAGAAGGCUGCCAAGAAGAAGGAGGCAGCCAAAUCUCGCCAGCGUGUCAAAAAGCAUGAGGAGGUGAGCGCGGACACCAAGCAGCCGGAGGAAAAUGGAGCAGUUUCUAACGGUGAAGCAAACGGAGAAGUGACUGCUCUGACUAAAGAGCUGGACGAGUUUGAGCUGCGUAAGAUGGAGGCACGGGCCGUCACAGGCGUCUUGGCAUCCCACCCUAACAGUACAGAUGUUCACAUCAGUAGCCUUUCACUCACCUUCCACGGUCAGGAGCUGCUGAGCGACACAAGCCUGGAGCUGAACUCGGGCAGACGCUACGGUCUCAUCGGCCUCAAUGGCACAGGCAAGUCCAUGCUCCUGUCUGCUAUUGGCCAUCGAGAGGUUCCCAUCCCAGAGCACAUAGACAUCUAUCAUCUGACACGAGAGAUGGCUCCCAGCGAGAAGACGGCAUUGGAGUGUGUCAUGGAGGUGGACAAGGAGAGGAUCGAGUUAGAAAAGGAGGCGGAGAGAUUAGCUCAUGAGGACUCGGAGUGUGAAAAGCUGAUGGAGAUUUAUGAGCGUUUGGAGGAGCUGGACGCAGACAAAGCCCAGGUUCGAGCCUCUCGAAUUCUCUACGGUUUGGGCUUCACUCCAGCCAUGCAGCGCAAAAAGCUGAAAGAUUUCAGUGGUGGGUGGAGGAUGCGCGUCUCGCUGGCCAGAGCCCUGUUCAUUAAGCCCUUCAUGUUGCUGCUGGAUGAACCCACAAACCACCUUGAUCUGGAUGCUUGUGUGUGGCUUGAGGAAGAGCUGAAAUCCUUCAAGAGAAUUCUGGUACUCAUCUCACACUCCCAAGACUUCUUGAACGGCAUUUGCACCAACAUCAUCCAUCUGCACCAAAGGAAACUCAAAUACUACACCGGUAAUUAUGACCAGUACGUGAAAACAAGGCUGGAGGUUGAGGAGAACCAGAUGAAGCGUUACAACUGGGAGCAGGACCAGAUAUCACACAUGAAGAACUACAUUGCUCGAUUUGGUCACGGCUCGGCUAAGCUGGCCCGCCAGGCUCAGAGCAAAGAGAAGACCCUGCAGAAGAUGGUGGCCUCAGGCCUGACCUCCCGUGUAGUCAGCGAUAAGACUCUGUCAUUUUAUUUUCCUCCCUGUGGGAAGAUCCCGCCUCCUGUCAUCAUGGUGCAGAAUGUCAGUUUCAGAUAUUCUGAAGACACGCCAUGUAUUUAUAAGAACUUGGAGUUUGGCAUUGACCUGGACACACGAGUGGCUUUAGUGGGGCCCAAUGGAGCAGGGAAGUCCACACUACUGAAACUGCUGAUGGGAGAGCUGCUCCCAACUGACGGUAUGAUCAGAAAACACUCACAUGUGAAGAUUGGCAGAUAUCACCAGCAUCUGACAGAACAACUGGAGUUAGAUCUGUCCCCUCUUGAAUAUAUGAUGAAGUGCUACCCAGAGAUCAAAGAGAAAGAGGAGAUGAGGAAGAUCAUUGGACGCUACGGCCUAACGGGCAAACAGCAGGUGAGUCCCAUCAGGAACCUCUCAGAUGGUCAGAAGUGCCGUGUGUGCUUUGCCUGGCUGGCCUGGCAGAACCCUCACAUGCUGUUCCUUGAUGAGCCCACCAACCACCUGGAUAUCGAGACAAUUGAUGCACUGGCUGAUGCCAUCAAUGACUUUGAGGGAGGGAUGAUGCUGGUCAGUCACGACUUUAGACUUAUCCAGCAGGUGGCUCAGGAGAUCUGGGUGUGUGAGAAGCAGACCAUCACCAAAUGGAAUGGGGACAUUCUGGCCUACAAGGAGCACUUAAAAUCAAAGAUCGACAAGCAGACCCACGACGUUUAGAGCUCUGUUAGCUGGACUCUUCUUCUACAACAUGGAUAGAUUAUUUCAUCUUUCAUAUUCUCCUCUUACUUAUAUGCAUGUAAGCACUUUUUAAACCGCAUCGGCUCUUGGACUUGCCCACGAAACGUUUUGAGGAUUGAUAGUGAAUCGCAUUCGAGUUCUCUAUUUGUUCAUCAUUGACGACUCAAAUAGACAUGCAUACAUUCUCGCCCAUAUGCUGAACAGUCUCGCUACCAGUGUUGUUUUUGUUUUUAUUUAAUAUCACAAAUGCAAUAAUGUUGAAUAAAUCCAAGUUUGUUCAGA